AUGGCAAACACGUCCAAUAGGGGUAUUGUUGUUAUUUCCGGAGGUAGCGCGGCGAACAAUCUCGUCGAUGUGUUUAAUGCGGUCCGCGAAAGCAAGAACUGCCAACUGAGCUAUAUCAUCCCCAUCAGCGACAAUGGUGGAUCAUCUUCCGAGCUCAUUCGGAUUUUUGGAGGUCCUGGAAUCGGUGAUGUCCGAAGUAGACUGGUGCGACUGAUUCCGGAUUCACCAGCAAACCCGGAGAGAUCAGCCGUCAAGGCCCUAUUCAAUCACCGUCUGCCUGCGGAGCCCGUGGCUGCAGCUCAAGAGUGGCAGUCCAUUGUUGACGGAACGACCGAUCUCUGGACAGCUAUCACUCCCGCCAAAAAGGAGUUGAUUCGUUCGUUCUUCAACGUGUUGAAUCUGGAGAUUUUAAAACGGGCAAGACCUCCAUCAUCGACAUUUGACUUUACGUCGGCAAGCGUGGGAAACCUAUUCUUGACCGCAGCCCGGCUAUUCAGUGGCAGUUUCGAAAGCGCCAUCUACUUACUGGGAAGUAUUUGCGGUGUGCCCUCAGACCUUGUACGAGUGAUCCCGGCUAUCAACUCCAACUUUUCCCACCAUAUUUCUGCAUCUCUAGCAGAUGGGACUGUCAUAGUUGGUCAGAAUAGUAUUUCCCAUCCUAGCGAGACAACAGCUCUACAACACACCCCCGGCUCUCGGAGACCAAGUUUGCUCCUUGCCGAUGGUGAUGAUGUUGAAUAUACAGAUUCAGAAAUCUCAGAUGCGAUGACCUACGAAGAAGACCAUCUUCCUGGAUCGUUGGCAACUCUCCGCAAUAAAAACAUCAAAUUCAGCAAAACGAAAAACGAAGAUCUCAGUUCUCGAAUCACUCGAAUCUGGUACAUCAAUCCGUAUGGCCAAGAAAUCCGACCACCCGCCAAUCCGCGUGUGCUGGAAGCAAUAAACGACUCGCAAGCCAUCAUCUACAGCAUCGGCUCCCUCUACACAUCCAUCAUCCCAGCCAUCGUCCUUCGAGGCGUUGGCAAAAGCAUAGUCUCAAGCCCGGCCCGACACAAGAUCCUAAUUCUGAACGGAUCUUUAGACCGAGAGACAGGGCCUCCAACUGCACCUUUUAUAGCAUCCGAUUUUGUCGAGGCAAUCGUCAGCGCUGGAGAGGAAAGUCGUGGGCGUGGUCCAAUUGAUAUCUUCAAGCGUGAAGCCCAUGAUUCUGCGUCUGAUUCGUCCAAACCUAGCACUCGGCAUUUCAGAUCUCUUCCAUAUACUGCAUAUAUCACUCACAUCUUGCACCUGGAGGGACCUGGUACGCCGCAUGUGGACCGUGAGCGGCUUGCACAUAUGGGUAUCGAAACGCUUCGUCUGUAUGGGCGGAAGAUCACAGCUAAGAAUGGUGACAAGGAGACUAUUGUUGGGAUGAAGUAUGAUCCCAAUGCGCUCGUUCAGGCGAUUGAGGUCGUAUUGGGGAAGAAAGGAGAUGCGAUGGUUCGAGGUGGGUUAGAUGGUGGGCUGGGUAGACGGAAUACCUUGGACCCUGCGAGAAGAGACCGAUAA